AUGCUUCUGGACUACUUCAAGAAACAAGAGAAGAUGGAGAAACCAUUGUUAAUGGAGGAUAUGCAGGGAGGUCUUGAUUACAUUGUUUUGAGUAACUUUGAUAUUGAAAAAUUAUGUACUAUUAGUUGUUAUUUUCCGGAUCAGAGAUUGUUUGGAAAUCUUGAUUAUCAAUUGAAGUUUGUUGAGGAAGUGGAUUUGUAUGAAAUUGACAAUCCAUUAAAAUUCACUGCUUAUGUGGGUACAAGGAUACAUGGUUUAGCAUGUUGGUUUGAUGUUCUCUUCAAUGGAAGUGCAGAGGUGGUUGAAGAUAGCUUGCAGGCAGAGAAUUCAUAUGGGGAUGUGAGUAACAAAAUAGAAGUUGACUUUGGAUGUGGGUGUGGCACAUUAUGUCUUGCUACCACUCUCCUGGAUGCAGAACAUGUCAUUGGCAUAGAUGUUCAUAAUGAGUCCCUUGAAAUUGCAUCAAUCAAUGUUGAUGACCUGAAGGUCGAAAUGGGUUUAAUUCAAUGCGAAAUCAAGAAUUUAAAUUGGCGAGGAUGGUUGGAUUGUCCUGCAUAUGGUCAUGAAAUAGGUUGUAUUGUUCCUUCUAAAGUUCCUCUUGGUCAGUCUUUUAAUGUCUGUAUUGUCCUUGGUAAAAGAUACUCCUUUAGACAAGUCAUUCACCAACAAAGGGUUUUGGGGAGGAAGUUGGGGUUAGUAAUUGAUCUUACAAAUACCUCUCAUUAUUAUUGUAUGAAUGAUUGGAAGAAAGAAGGCAUCAAGUAUCAUGUGGAACUAGAAGCCUAA